UCAACACUCAUAUUCACUACAGCGUUUCUAUUGGGCUACGUGGCUUUCCGUGGGUCGUGCCACUAUUGUGGUGUUGAGGGGGAGAUGGCCCCUGCGGAGGAUAAGCCUGGAACUGACCAUGACAACCUGGUGGAGGGUAUGUACCUGGGGGAACUACGGGACAUGCUGAAGAAAUACUUGCAAGACGAGAAGAUAGAGAGCACUGUCAGGCGAGUCAGCAGGACGACCCACCCAUCGGGGUCCUCGGAGGGCACAACUCUGGCAGCAGAGAUACUAGAGACGUUUAAAGAUCUCCACAUGGACCACACCUGGACAGACUCACACUAUGCUACACUACAGUUCCCCUCCAGGUAG